GUUGUGUCUAGUCAAAGCACGCCUUCCGCGCAGCCCCUCGACCAUUCCCGAGUCCCAGGUUUUGGCUCACCAGCUCGGUGUUUUCCGACAUAGAAAUAGGUUCAGAUGCGCUCGGCAAAGCUCCGAAGGCCGCUUUGGUUGGGAUUUUUCGCCCUGGCCCUUGGCCGAUGGGCCGUCGGCUUUGUUCCAAGUUCGACACGGCGCUUUCUGCUGUUGGCCGGAGUGUUCACUGGCCAGCCGGCAUUUGCAGAAUCAGGGAUCGACAUCUACUUCGGGCAGGGGUGCUUUUGGCAUGUCCAAAGAGACAUGGUGAAGUUGGAAUCGCAACUCCUGGCUCGGAGCAGCGGGAGCGAGGUCACUUCCGUCGCGGGAUAUGCGGGAGGUCAGUCUCAAGGCAAAAAGCCGGUUUGUUACCACAACCUCGACUACCCGCUGCGGGAUUACUCCAGGUUGGGCCACGCGGAGGCAGUGAAAGUUGCAGAGGUGCCGGAAAGUAAGGUGGCCGCCUUUGCAAAGGCCUACCUGGAUUCUGUAGCAUCCCAGCUACCCGCUGGGCGGCCCGACGUGCAAGACGUGGGUCCUGAGUAUCGGGCGAUGAUUGGGCUGCCUGGGGGCGCCAAGUCCAGCGUCUUCCCCGAAAUCGUCGCGGCCAACGACGGGCGAGUGAAACUCGCAGUGGGACAGGGCAGCGAUCCAGAUACCGCUGACACCCAAGUGGUCUGGGUCUAUGAUUCUGACGCCUUCCCCUUCUACCAGGCCGAAUUGUACCACCAGUUCCACGAUGACAUGGGGACAAAGUACCCUGCAAGCUACAAAGCCCUGAAGGAUGGACUGCUGAAGAAGGGGCGACUUCAAUCCGUCAGCUGCCCGGAGGAGGAGUUUUCCGAAAACCCGGACAUGUCCGACGACCCCAUCAACUUUGGAGCCGCUGGGGAUGAUCCCUUUGACAAAGUCAUCGGGAUCUUUAAGGAUGAGCCGCCGAUGCCAUCCAAAACUGGCAAGACGAAGUUCGAAGACUUGGAUGUCGAAUGAUUCGAAUCCAAAAAGGCG